UGGGGAUUUUAUCGGGGAAAAUUCCAGACGUUGAACUAAAUCAUGAUCUUAAUUUAUAUUAUUACGGACUCAUUAGCAUAUUAAUUUAUUAAGUAAUUAAUUUAGAACAUAUAAUGGAGUAUAAAAAAUCUAUAAUAGUUAAUUUACUACUUAUAUUUUGCGGAGAUACUUUAGCUAAAUGUGAUGACAGUUCGACAACGGUAAAUGGAAUAAAGGCUAAAUGCAAAAAUGAAUUGAUAUUAGAAGAAAAUUUUAAUCGGAUUGCAGUCGAUGAUUAUUAUGCUGAAGAAGAUAAUUAUGUAUAUUUAAAUUCUUCAUUAUGGAAAAAAGAAAUUAAAAUUCCCUUAGAUCCGGAUUAUGAAUUUUGUGUUUAUCAUAAAUUGGAAAAAGGAUUGAGAGUUGAAAAUGGUUUUCUAAAAAUAAUACCGAGUCUAUUGGAAGAUUCUUAUGGAGAAAAUAUAACAUACUUUGGAAGACUUCAACUUUCAGAUUGCACAGGAAUAUUACCCGGAGAAUGUAGUCGUCAGGCAACAGGAUUUCAUAUUUUGCCACCAGUUUUGUCAAGACGAUUGACUACUAAAGAUAGUUUUUCAUUUCGAUAUGGGAAAAUAGAAAUACGGGCAAAGUUUCCUGAAGGAGAUUGGAUUUAUCCUGAAAUGUGGCUUGCUCCAAAGUAUACAACCAGUGGAAUUGGAUAUGCAAGUGGGCGUAUUAUUUUAGGAAUGGCUCGAGGCAAUGAAGGAUUGAUUAAAAAUGAUGGUUCUUUGGAAGACUACAGUUCGAAUAUUCUUGAAUUCGGACUAAGAACAGGUCCACUGGGGACAUCGGGAAACGUAACUGAGGAAAAAGUAACAAAGAGAAGUAACUCUGGACCAUGGACUCGUGGUUUUCAUACCUAUACAACUAUUUGGAACCCCGAUGGUUUUAUUUUUAAAGUUGAUGGAGAAGUUGUCGGACAACUACGUAGUUCUCGACAAUCUGAAGAUCAAAAUCGCAUGGCGCCGUACGAUUUAGAAUUUUAUUUGAUGUUAGGUGUCGGUGUAGGUGGUGUAAGAGUAUUUCCAGAUGGAACACGCACCGGUAAUUAUGAGAAGCCUUGGAAAAACGUCGGCGCCAAGGCAAUGCUCCGUUUUUGGCAAGCCAAGGAUCAGUGGCUGCCAAGCUGGAAGCGCGAAAACGCUCGGAAAACAGCUUUCGAGGUCGACUACAUUAAAGUUUGGUCAGUGUGAGUAAAGUCAGUGAAUCUCUCGAGAGAUCCAAGACAAUACAUAUAAUACAGCAUAUAAUAUAAAAGUGAGAGGUGCAGACGUCUCAAUCUUGCUGAUGAAUCUCUUUAAAUUUGCACGGCUCCUUGGUUUAUUGGUAUUGGUAACAAAGAUGUUCAUGUAUAUAUAUUUUAUUUGGGUACUAAUUCAAUGAUGGAAAACCGGUUGUAACCAAGGUGGUGGUUCCGUUAUGAGUUAUUGUUUUUCGAGGAUCGAACCCAAUCUCAAACUUGAUCAGUUGCCAAAUAUUCUCAUGAGAACAACAUUUAAAAAACCACUCAACUAAAUUUAAUGUGUUGUAUUAUAAUUAUUAGCUCUCUGUUGUUUAUUUCUCUUUAUUUAAAAUGACAAUAAAAUAUUAUUAUUUUAUGCCUUGGUGAUUUUAUACAUUCCCGUCAAUUUAAAGUGAUUGACAGAUCGUGAAGAGUGUUCAAACUCAACAGUCUUUAUUAGUUUCUCUGACUCUGCGUUCUUUGCAAUACAACUCUCGCUGUCGUCUCUGUUAUUAUUUACUCCUUACUCGAACAUACAUUUUUAUAAUCAUGAAAAAUAAUAUUAUUCUAUUAAAUCUCUUUGUACUUUUAGUAAUGAAUAAUAUCAAUGGACAAAAUACUUCAUCUGUCGUUGGUAAUGAUUAUGUUCUCCGUAGCUGUAUAUCAAGUGUUGAGUUGAUAAGAAAUCAUCGGAAGACAGCACCACGUAUUGAUACUAUUCAAAAUAUAGAGGGAAAAAGCAAAAAGAAUAGUCCGGAAGAAACAAAUGUCAAUAGAGUAAUUAAUAAUAGACAAUUAAAUUCUAAUGCCCGUGCUGAGAAAGACCGUAAUAAUUAUUUACGAGGGAGAAUCACAUCAGAUAGUCCUGUAAAGACUGUUAAUAUUAUGAGACAAAGAAAAUCUGAACCCCUGGUAUUCAGAAGAAAAAAUGGAUUUCC